UUACCCUCUCCAAUGCUCCCUUACAGUUUUACUAUUCUCCAGAUUCUGGGUUUCUGUCGGUCAGUGAAUUGGCAGAAGGGAUGGAAAACAACACUCUACGACUGCUAUACAUACACCAUGUUAUUUUUACUCUACACAAACGCUGUGUUUCAAUCAAUCUACGUAUUUUCGUCAAUCGAGAGUGUCGAUGCGUUAAUUGAUAACACUUUUAUCCUUCUCACUACUAUCUCCAGUGGAUUCAAGGCUACGAGAUUUGUAAUGAGACGAGAGGAGAUCAUUCGUCUCCUCAGGAUUUAUCGGAAUCACCCCUGUGCACCCCAAGAUCAAGCUGAAGAGUUCAUUCAGUCUAAAUACCACCGAGUGAUUCAUAAUUUGAGCUUGUGCUACAUAAGCUUCACGAUGGCGACAGUAACAUUCCAGACAAGUGCUCAAUGGAGACUAGCGAUACCACAGAGAGAGCUGAUUUACAAAUCAUGGCUGCCAUAUGAUAAUUCCCAUCCUCUGGCCUUUUGGCUUUCUCACGUGCACCAGAUGAUCUGUCAAUUCGCUGAUGCCAGCGUCAGUUGUACGUACGGUGUCAUCGUUGCUGCGAUGAUGAUAAAUAUUUCUGGGCAAUUCGUAAUCCUCAGUCAUCGCCUCGAAAAUCUGAGGGAAUCCGUGGGGUACCAGGACAAAGAAGGCAUUACAAAAAUAAGAGACCAUGGCACUCAUGACGAGAUCGUCGAUAUGGAGAGAAAAAAACUCGCAGAAUGCAUCCAACAUCACUUGCACAUAUUCGAUUGUUUCGAAAGGUCUAAUGACGUUUUCAGUGGUACAAUGCUCGGACAGUACAUGGCAAGUGCAUUUAUUCUCUGUGGAACAAUCUACAAAGUAUCGAAGAUGACGGGGUUGGAUCCUGAAUUGAUAGGGAUUGUCAUGUACCUGACUUGCAUGCUCUUCGACAUCUUCCUGCCAUGUUACUUCGGACAUGAAGUCACUACAGAGAGUUUCAGAGUAUCACAUGGGGUCUAUAACAUGGACUGGUCUGAAUUGAAAAUACCUACCCAGAAGAGUUUGAUUUUGAUAAUGAACAGAAGUUUGAAACCUCUCACCUUCACCAGCGGCUACAUCGUCCAGUUGUCUCUGGAUUCAUUCGGCGGACUUAUCAAAACAUCAUAUUCCAUAUUCAAUCUCCUGAAGCAACAGAGUAAUUAAUCUCAAGGACACAUCACAAAUAACAUGGAAUGAUACUUCUUCUGGGAGAGU